CAUCGGACAACGUAUAUAAGACAGUGCUUGUCUACUAUUCCUCAUAGCAGGCGCAGUAUUAAACCUCUUCAAACAUGUCCGACCCGUUCCUCGCGCAUAUUAUUUCGCAAACGAGGCAGAACAUCGAAUUUCUAGUUUCUCGGAAUGUUAUCCCGAGGGCGGACGGAGACGUCGUGCUAGCCAAACUCCCUUCCGCCAGCGACGCUUCGGUCCUCGCCUUAUCCCAACGCACGCAGGAUCUCGUUAUAUCGGGUGCAUCAGCACCCAAUCCAACCCCUCCACCUCGCAGGAACGUGCCUCCUCCUCCUCCCAGAGCAACUCGUGCUAGAGCGCUAUGGGAUUAUAAUGAGAAUGGCGAGAAUCCAGAUGAUCUGUCAUUCCGUAAAGGAGAUAUAAUCGAGAUUAUCUCAGAAACCAACCCCGACUGGUGGACUGGGAGAUUGAACGGCAGGCAGGGACUCCUGCCUGCUAACUACGUCGAGAAACUAGACUCGACUAGUUCUCCUGCACCUCCGCCUCCCUUCCCCUCUAACACGCCUCAGUAUCAGCCCGAUCCUAGGCAGUACACACCCAGUCCCGCACCCGGCUACCAAGCUGCGUAUUCGCCCCCUCCCGGACCUCCCGGUGGUUAUGGUCCCGAGAAAGCUGCACCGUACAAUCCCUACAUGGGCCCGCCGAUGCAGCCCAACCCCCCAGUUCCUGUAGUUCAGGCGCCUCAACCGCCGCCUGCUCCGGCAGCGAAGCCCAGCAGAUUUGGCGGUCUUGGUAACACGCUUGCGACAUCAGCUGUUGGUGGUCUUGGAUUUGGUGCAGGAUCUGCCAUUGGAAGCGACCUUAUCAAUUCCAUAUUUUAGUGACCAACCACAGCAAAGUUACUCUUGCUAUACGAGAGUUGUAUUUUACCUAGACGUCAUGUUAUCAUUUGUACCGCUUGGAUACAGGACUUUCUCGUUAUGUUUGAAUACUUAUAGACGUUGUUUUCGACCGGUGUCCGAGCUGCGCUUGCCGCGGUAUGUAAUCAAGGUGGAGG